ACUCAAGUGUGUGUCUCUGUGUGUGUGUGUGUGUGUGUGUGUGUGGGCGUGGAGGAACAUGUCAACGUGCAGCGCGAGAGGAGGAGAAGGAGCCCGGAGCUGAGUCCAGUCUCUAGCUAGAGGAUGAUAUUAUCAGAGGAAAUACAACUUCGGCUGCCGUGUUAACCGGGGGAAUAAAGUUGUACAUGGUCGCAGUCUGCAGUGUGCCGAGCCCUGCAUCUUUAGAGGAACUGAGGUGACUUCAAAACAAGCUGUGCACACCCAAGCCCAGCCUCCCUUCCUGGAUGUGAAAGCGAAUUAGGCAGCGACUGUUUCAACAUCAGGCCACUUGUGACCGCCGGACCUCCAUUUCAGCAUCCUCUCAAGUUUUUCGGCAUCCUCCAGCAAUGAUGUAGACUUGACGACCACAUGAUGAUGAUGCAGGGUCUCGCAGGGAGGAGGAGCAGCGACUGACUCUCUCCUCCGUUUCGCCACACCUGGCGCUCUAUGUCCGUUCGGUUUGGGCGGCCAGAGUGCUAUGUCAUCAACCACACCCCCUGCGGCCCCACCCCUUAAAAAGGGAAGGAAGCCGGAGAAGUCGGAGGUGAUGGCUGACUCGGUGCAGGCCACCAACGAGGAGCUGAGGACCAAACUCAUGGACAUCCAGCUUGAACUGCAGCAGGAGCGGGGCAAGGUAUGUAAGCUCCGUGAACGGCUCCAGGAGCAGCGGCAGGCCCGGGAGCUCGAGCAACACAAACAUGCCGUGGCGGUCACUGACCUGCGCGCCAAACUCCACGAAGAAAAGCUACGUGAGAUAGCGGCUGCCCGUGAGGCCGUCGCGCGGCAGCAUGAAGCCGAGCUGGCACGGGCCAUCAAGAUCCGAGAUGCGGAGGUGCAGAGGCUCCAGGGUCUUGUAAAUGCACUGAGAGAUGGAGCUGCCGAUAAGCUCAAAAAUGCCCUUCUCGGAGAGGCUCGGGAGGAGGCCAGGAAGGCUUUCGAUGGGGAGAGGAUAAAGCUACAGCAGGAGAUCCAGGAACAGAAGACAGCCAGGAAGCAGGCUGAGGAGGCGUUAGCAAAUGCUCUGCAGGCCGAUAAAGCAAAAGCAGCAGAUCUCCGCACAGCCUACCAACAGCACCAAGAUGAGGUGCAUCGUAUCAAACGGGACUGUGAGAGAGACAUCCGCCGAUUGAUGGAUGAGUUGAAGGCGAAGGACCGGGUGGUGUGCACUCUGGAGAGAGAGCUGGGGGUGCAGGCAGGCUACGCCCAGAAGCUUCAGCUUCAGAAGGAAGCCCUGGAUGAGCAGCUGGGCCAGGUACGAGAGGCUGAGCGACACAACCAUGGCAGCCCCAAGAGAGAGGUGGUGCCUGGUUUAGGAGACAACCCAGAACUGCUCAACAACCAGUUUUUGUCUUCCUCCUCUUCUCCUCUACCCCCUGCUCAACAGGAGGCGGAGGAGCGCGACACGAGGAGGUUCCAGCUGAAGAUCGCAGAGCUGCACUCGGUCAUCAGGAAACUGGAGGACAGAAACGCGCUGCUGGCAGACGAGAGGAAUGAACUAUUGAAGCGAGUGCGAGAGGCAGAGAGCCAGAUGAAGCCUAUUUUUGAGAAGAACAAGCGGCUGUCCAAGAAGAAUGACGACCUCUUGCAAACGCUGCAGCGCAUGGAAGAAAAACUCAAGAACCUGAGCCGCGAGAAUGCUGAAAUGAAGGAAAAAGCCUCCUCCUCUCGGCCGCCCUCACAGCAACAGUCCACUCAACCACAGCUGAAGCGGCCAAGCUCCCUGACAGACCUGAGCCAUGCCCAUGAGGAACAGGAAGUGGAAUUCCUCAAGCUGCAGGUUGCUGAGCAACGUGGCAUCAUUGACGAGCUCAUGCAGGAACGUGACCGAUUGGUGAUGAGCAAAAAGAACAGGAGGAAACCUCUCAAACCGCCAAAAAGGCAUGUUGUGGAGACAUAUUUUGGAUUUGAUGAGGAGUCCAUAGACUCUGAGACCUCCUCCCUCACCUCCUAUAACACUGACCUCACUGACCGCACACCUGCCACUCCAGAGGAGGACUUGGAAGAGAGUGUUUCCCGUGAGGAGUCAGAGCUUCGCUUCCGUCAGCUCACCAGAGAGUACCAGGCUCUUCAGCGGGCCUACGCCCUCCUGCAAGAGCAGACGGGUGGUUCUCUGGAUGCUGAGAGGGAGGCCAGGACACGUGAGCAGUUGCAGGCGGAGCUGAGCUGCUGCCAGGCCAAGAUUGUUGACCUAGAGAAGGCCUUGGCAGAGAGGGGGCAGGAUUCAAAGUGGGUGGAAGAGAAGCAGUACUUGCUCAGGACCAACCAGGAACUUCACGAAAAGAUGUGUGCGUUGCAGCAGGCAGAGUCGCAGCUGCAGGCCGAGGUUCAGGAUGCUCGAGACCAGAAUGAGCUGCUGGAAUUCAGGGUGCUGGAACUGGAAGUAAGAGACUGUGCCAAUGUCAAACUGUCACCAGGAGGCGACACCAACAAUGUCAGCUCCAGACGCAAGACCUACAUACAGUGACUCACUAGACAGACAGACAGACAGACAGACAUACUGUUCAUUAAAUUACACAAGAGUCCUCCUCUGUAUGCAUCUGUGUUUCCUUGUUUUGCAUGGCAGCUGUGUGUUUACCCCCCCCUCAACUGAACUGGAUUUUUUUUUAAAUGGAAGAAUGUUGUGUUAAGAUGAACAUAAUUUUUAACUGAAUAAAAAUGUAUUUAAGUUCACCAUC